AUGGCCCGGCCAGAAGUGCUACUGACAAACGAUGAUGGCCCGCCGUCUUCUAUGCUUAUAGAGCAAGGCUGGUCGGACAAUUUCAGAGGCACGCAUCCAGACACGGAUAAGUGCUGGAGCGAUACUCGUCGCCCCAUUCACAAGGAGCGCGGUGAGAUUGGCGAGUGGAUUUUGGUAGACGGGACUCCGUCGACGUGCACAAAUAUCGGCCUUUUUACGAGCGCGGAAAUACUGGACAUGCCCAAUGCCGCGCCCAUCUCGCUUGUCCUCUCCGGCCCGAACUAUGGGCGAAACACUGGCAAUGCGUUUUCUCUCUCUUCAGGCACGCUCGGCGCGGCGCUUGCGGGCGCCACCAGCGGCGUUCGUGGCAUCGCCAUGAGCUACGGCCACUUUCAAAAAGAUCCACCGACGCCAGCACAUUCGGCGUCGGGAGCGCCGCUCUCUGCGUCAAGGUCGGCAGAAAUAGCGAGGAUUGCGACCUUUUACUGCACUCAAAUCAUCAAGCAGCUGUGGGAUGCAUGGUCCAAGGACGUUUGCGUCUCGGCCUACUCGAUCAAUGUACCCCUCGCAGAGACACUUUUGGAUCCCACCGUCGUCUGGACUCGCGUAUGGCCGAGUCAGUUGAACAAGGUGCGUAUGCAGCACGACUCAUGA